CAGGGUGUUCUUAUGGGGCAAAGGGGGUAGGUGACUGUGGGGGCAGUUGUACCCCAUGGUUGCUGGGAGGCGUGUGUGUGCCUGUCACAGAGUGGGAGCUUCCUACCUGGAAGGUGGGAGCCUGCCUGUGGGUGUAGGGCCCAGGCUGCCCUGGAGGUGGGGGGACUGGACCUCAGGUGCCAAGGGGAUCAUAGUUCCUGUGAUGUGUGCUGGGCUUCAUAGAGGAGGCCGUGUGGCUGGUCUGUCCCUAGGUGUUUGGAAAGCACACAGUGGAUGCACAAAUGCAGUGGAAUUGGUUUAUACCAGGGUUGGCCAACAAGUGGCAUGGGUAAACUGUGUGUGUGGCACAUGGCAGAUUGGGGAGGGGGCAGGGAACACAGCAGCAGGCAGGGUAGGGAGCAAACAGCAGACUGGGCACGGGAAGGGGCUUGGCCUGGCACUCGGGCAGGGUGCAGGGCUAAUUUGUGGCACGCCUGCCCGGAAAGUUGGCCCCCACACCAGACCUCAUUGCAUCAGCCCUUCCAGAGGAAACGUGCUUUAAGAGCCUCACAGACUCCUUUUUUCUUUGCAUACCUUGCAGCAUCUUUUCCUGUGAUCCGUUCUGAUGAUGUCUUAUGCAUGGGCUUGUGCUAGCUCUAGUACCAAGCACAUUUUGGCUUGCUGUGCCAGGCAGCGGGUCUGUAGGGAAGCUGUAGAGACAGAAAUAAAAAGGGCCCUGCAAGGGUUAUCUGUUCCUGGCAUGAGGAAUUAGCAUGUGUUGGAGUCACGUAGGGCAGUAGGCACCAACCUUUUGGGCAGAUGUGCUUCAAAUUAGCCCUGCACCCUCCCCUGCCCAAUCUGCUACUCUGCUUUCUGCUCCCUGCCCUGUUCUCUCACUCUGAUCUAAUGCUUUGCCUUCUGCUCCCUGGCCCAUGGUCCCCAUCUGGUAUGCUGCUGUGCCUUCUCCCUGUCCACUUUGUGGCUCUGUUUUCUGCUUCCUUCCUUGUGUUCACUGCCUGAUCUUUUACUCUGCUUUCUGCUCUCUGCCCUGCACCCACUGUCUGAUCUGUUGCCCUACUUCUCCCUACUCAACCUGCUGCUGUAUUCCUUGCUCCCAUCUUGAUCUGUUGUGUGCCACAGGUUGAGGCUUUCCCGUGUCAUUUGUGUCAUCCAUCCUUCAGGUUGUUCCCCACCCCCCAAUAUGGAUGAUUGGCAUUAGAAGAAAACGUUGAGGAUGGACCCAGGUGUCUUUUGGAUGCAGCCCUGUUUAUUUACAAGGAACAUACAAAGGAUCCCCUCUCUUUGAAACACCAGUCAAUCCACCAUGGAGGCCAAGCGGAAGGUAUCCCCAGCGGGGCCUGGCCCAGAGGACCCCUCACAGUGGAAGCGGCCACGGGGGGGUGACUGGGAGGAUGAGAACCCCUCACAGUUUGAGGCAGCACUGGCCUACCUGGAUGAGGUGGAGAGCGAGAUGACUCUGGAGAUGGAGUCAUCGUCUCAGUUGCUUGAUGUCAUGGCCAUCGGGAGUCUGUUCUCCUCGGUGCUGAACCCCAAGUGGCAGCGCCCAGCACCCCCUGGGAUCGACCCCGCAGCUGAUGCACUCUGCUUCCAGCAGGUGGAGCUGGAUUAUUACGUGGGCUCUCCAUUUCCUGGGAUGCCAGGUGCCACACAGGGCCCAGUGCCCGUGCUCCGUAUGUUUGGUGUCACUAAGGCUGGCAACAGUGUAUGUUGCCACAUCCAUGGCUUUGCCCCCUACUUCUAUGUGCCUGCCCCCAGUGGCUUCCAGGCCCAGCACCUGGGUGAGUUCCAGCAGGAGCUGAACGGGGCUGUGCUGCGGGACAUGCGCUCCAACAAGGAUGGGCUGAGCCAGGCUGUGUUGGCUGUGGAGCUGUGCAGCAAGGAGAGCAUGUACGGGUACCACGGGCAACGGCUCAUGCCCUUCCUGAAGGUAGUGAUGGCUCUUCCCCGGCUCCUCGCCCCCGCCAAGCGGCUGCUGGAGCAGGGCCUGCGCUGCGGGACCCUCGGCCUACAUGGCUUCCAGGCCUACGAGGCCAACAUCGACUUUGAGAUCAGGUUCAUGGUGGACCGGGAUAUCGUGGGCUGUAACUGGAUAGAGCUUCCUCCUGGCACAUACCAGCUGCGCACAGAGCUGGCCUCAGGGGAGGCCUCCAAGGACAAUCCAGCAAAGGCAUCUCUCUGCCAGCUGGAAGUGGAUGUGGCCUGGACAGACUUUGUGAGCCACCCCCCUGAGGGCGAGUGGCAGGGCAUUGCACCUCUGCGUGUGCUCAGCUUUGACAUAGAGUGUGCUGGGCGCAAAGGGAUCUUCCCAGAGCCAGACAAAGAUCCCGUGAUCCAGAUCGCUAACAUGGUGCUGCGGCAGGGGGAGAAAGACCCCUUUGUGCGCAAUGUCUUCACCCUGCAGGGCUGCGCCCCCAUUGUAGGCUCCCAGGUGCUCUGCUUCCAGAGAGAGGCCGAGCUGCUAAAGGCCUGGGCUGAGUUCGUUCGCAUUGUGGACCCUGACAUCAUUACGGGCUACAACAUCCAGAACUUUGACCUGCCCUACCUGCUCCAGCGUGCCCAGGUCCUCAAGGUCUCGACGUUCCCUUUCCUCGGCCGGAUUCCAGGUCGCAAGUCUGUCAUCAGGGACUCAUCCUUCCAGUCUAAGCAGAUGGGGCGGCGUGAGAAUAAGGUUAUCAACACCGAGGGACGAGUCCAAUUUGACCUGCUACAGGUGCUGCUGCGGGACUACAAGUUGCGUUCCUACACCCUCAAUGCUGUGAGCUACCACUUCCUGCAAGAGCAGAAGGAGGAUGUGCAACACUCCAUCAUCACUGACCUGCAGAAUGGGACGGACCAGACCCGGCGCCGCUUGGCCGUGUACUGCCUGAAAGACGCCUACCUGCCCUUGCGGCUGCUGGAGAAGCUGAUGUGUGUCAUCAACUACAUGGAGAUGGCCCGGGUCACUGGCGUUCCCCUUGGCUACUUGCUUGCCCGUGGCCAGCAGGUCAAGGUGGUGUCGCAGCUCCUGCGCCAGGCCAUGAAGCAGGACCUAGUGAUGCCUGUGGUGAAAUCGGAAGGGGGUGAAGACUAUGCAGGCGCCACUGUUAUUGAGCCACUGAAGGGGUAUUAUGAUAUGCCUAUUGCCACGCUAGACUUUUCCUCCCUGUACCCAUCCAUCAUGAUGGCCCACAACCUCUGCUACACCACCCUGCUGCAGACAGGGGUGCCAGAGCGCUAUGGCUUGGCUUCCGAAGACUUCAUCCGCACCCCAACGGGCGACCUCUUCGUUAAGGCCUCGAUGCGCAAGGGGCUGCUCCCUGAAAUCCUGGAGAGCCUGCUGGCUGCCCGCAAGAGGGCUAAGGCCGAGCUGCAGCGUGAGACAGACCCCUUCAAGCGCCAGGUGCUGGAUGGGCGGCAGCUGGCACUCAAGGUCAGCGCCAACUCCGUGUAUGGCUUCACUGGAGCCCAGGUGGGCAAGCUGCCCUGCCUGGAGAUCUCCCAGAGCGUGACCGGUUUUGGGCGCCAGAUGAUUGAAAAGACUAAGCAGCUGGUGGAGUCCAAAUACACCAUUGCUAAUGGGUACUGUGCUGAUGCCAAGGUGGUGUAUGGAGACACGGACUCAGUGAUGUGUCGCCUUGGCGUGGCAUCGGUGGCCGAGGCCAUGGAGAUUGGGCGGGAGGCGGCCGCCUGGGUUUCCAGCCACUUCACGCCCCCCAUCAAGCUGGAGUUUGAGAAAGUGUACUUCCCCUACCUGCUGAUCAGCAAGAAGCGCUAUGCGGGGCUGUACUUCUCGUCCAGCGCCCAGGUGCAUGACAAGAUGGACUGCAAGGGCAUCGAGACCGUGCGCCGUGACAACUGCCCCUUGGUGGCCAACCUCAUUAGCACCUGCCUGCAGAAGCUCCUCAUUGACAGGGACCCGGCAGGUGCAGUAGCCCAUGCCAAGGAGGUGAUCUCGGAUCUGUUGUGUAACCGGGUGGACAUCUCCCAACUGGUGAUCACCAAGGAGCUGACCCGCACAGCGCAUGAGUACACUGGCCACCAGGCCCACGUGGAGCUGGCCCAGAGGAUGCGGCGACGGGACCCUGGCAGUGCCCCCAACCUGGGCGACCGGGUGCCCUAUGUCAUCAUCAGCGCUGCCAAGGGGGUGGCAGCCUACAUGAAAUCCGAGGACCCCAUCUAUGUGCUGGAGAACAACAUCCCAAUCGACACACAGUACUACCUGGAGCAGCAGCUUGCCAAGCCCCUGUUACGCAUCUUUGAGCCCAUCCUGGGAGAGGGCAAGGCCGAGAGUGUCCUGCUCAAGGGGGAGCACACACGCUGCAAGACAGUCCUCACCUCCAAGGUGGGGGGGCUCAUGGCUUUUGCCACCAAGCGCAGCACCUGCAUCGGCUGCCGGGCUGUCCUGCCCCACCAUGGUGCGGUGUGCAAGUUCUGCCUGGACCGGCAGUCUGAGCUGUACCAGAAGGAGAUCUCCCAUCUUUCUUCACUGGAAGAGAAGUUUGCCCGGCUCUGGACCCAGUGCCAGCGGUGCCAGGGCAGCCUGCAUGAAGACGUGCUGUGCACCAGGUACCCACCCCUCCCCUGCCCCCGCCUAACUGGAAGCCCGUUCCCACGGGACCCACAUGCAUCUUUACACUCUUCCUGGGGCAUUUACUGUCCCUUAUCUGCCCGGCUCCCACGGGGCGGGGUGGGAACGGGGCCACGCGCACUUGCCUGGUGCCUUUAUAACCCCAUAAAUCCAGUUACCUGUCUGGGGCACCCCGCCCCCCACUGUGUGCACACACACACAGCAGGGAGGGCAUCACUGGGUAAGCCCCAUGAACCCACAGUCUGGCUGGGGGAGGGGGGUACAGGUUGGCUCCCAUUGCACAGACCCACCUCUCCCUUCCUGGGGGAACUCCAGGGACCCCUUGUAAUAUGACUGCUGCAGGGAACAUUCCCCUUCCUCAGUGGGUUCCUUCAGGAGCUCUCCUCAUUGACCCCAGGAUCUCCCCACA